AUGGCCCAUUCCACCAGCCGUUGGACUGUCGCACUCCCGACAGUACUCUUAGGAUUUAGAGCCGUGUGGAAGGACGACAUACAGGCGACAGCAGCAGAGAUGCUCUACGGAGCCUCUUUACGGAUCCCAGGUGAAUUUCUCUCUCCAACACAGGACCAUCCCGACCCGGCGACCUUCGUCGGCAGGCUGAGAGAGGAAAUGCACAAACUCAAACCCGUCACACGUCCACACAGAAAUGCUGCAGUGUUCGUGCACAAAGACCUUUCCUCCUGUGCACACGUCUUUCUAAGAACUGACACAGUCCGAAGAGGACUGCAACCACCUUACGAAGGCCCAUACCGUGUGUUAAAGCGUGGACCCAAAAACUUCAAACUGGAAGUAAAAAAGCGUCAUAUCACUGUCAACAUCGAUAGACUCAAACCCGCAUACAUAUGUGCGGAUGACUCAACGUUCUCCCCAUCUACAUCAACAACAGCUUCAGCAGAAACAGCAACAACAGGGGCAACAACAACGGUACCCCCAGCAGAAGCUUCGCCACAGCAACAGAAAACUGUCACACGCGCAGGUCGUUGUGUAAAAUUUAACCCCAGGUAUUUGUAA